AUGGCGGCGGGACCGAUUGCUGAACGUAAUCAAGAUGCCACAAUUUAUGUGGGUGGACUGGACGACAAAGUCUCGGAGACACUUAUGUGGGAGUUAUUUGUUCAAGCUGGCCCGGUCGUUAAUGUUCACAUGCCAAAGGAUAGAGUAACUCAAAUGCAUCAAGGAUAUGGAUUUGUGGAAUUCAUGGGUGAGGAAGAUGCCGAUUAUGCCAUUAAGGUUCUUAAUAUGAUUAAGUUAUAUGGAAAGCCUAUCAGGGUUAAUAAGGCCUCAGCUCAUCAGAAGAAUCUGGACGUAGGAGCCAACAUAUUCAUUGGAAACUUAGAUCCAGAAGUUGAUGAGAAGCUUCUGUACGAUACAUUUUCUGCUUUUGGUGUCAUUUUACAAACACCUAAGAUAAUGAGAGAUCCAGAGACUGGCAACUCAAAGGGUUUUGCCUUCAUCAAUUUUGCUAGCUUUGAAGCAUCCGACUCAGCCAUAGAAGCUAUGAAUGGACAGUACCUUUGCAACAGGCCUAUAUCAGUGUCAUACGCUUUCAAGAAGGAUGCCAAGGGAGAGCGCCACGGCUCAGCAGCUGAAAGACUUUUAGCUGCUCAGAACCCGCUGUCGCAAGCAGACAGACCUCAUCAAUUGUUCGCAGAUGCUCCUCCAACAGCUCCGCUGCCACCACCUCCAAGUGCAAUGCCCCCUCCUCCACCUAUGACCCCCAUGAUGGGCAUGAUGCCACCACCCCCACCUUCUCUAGGAAACAUGUUCCCACCCCCUCCUCCACCAGUCCCGCCCCCGAACUCCAUGAUGAUGUCGGGCAUCCCGCCGCCCCCACUGCCCCCCGGCGGUGUCGGCAUGCAGCCUCCACCCCUCCCGCCCCCAGGACUGCCUCCACCACCCCCAAGCAUGGCAGGACAACCUCCACUACCGCCUCUCCCUCCCAACGGCCAGCCGAGUUCCAUGAUGCAGGGAAUGGGGGCACCACCACUUCCUCCAGGAAUGCCAAGGCCUCCCCAGGGUCCUCCCCCCAUGCGCCCACCUGGUUCCGCCACUGCAGGACAGCCUGGAGCGCCGCCACCGCCCCGCAUGAUGCCGCCCUCAUGGCAAGGCCAAGGAAAUGGAUACGCACCUAUGUCACAGCCCUAUGGCCAGGGACAGUAUGCUCAAGGACCUCAUGGCUGGAGACCGCCGCCACCUGGUCCCCCUGGUCCCCCUGGUAGGCCUCCCUUCGGCAGACCACCAUUCCCCCCGCGCGGUCCUCCUCCCCCCAGGGGCCCAGGCAUGAGGCCACCACCUCCUCAUGGAGGCAGCUGGGAAGAGAGCUAUGAUGAGAGCGAAGGUUACGACUAUAAUAACUACUAGUUAUUUAUUUAUUAAUUGUGGAGAAAGAGUCAUUCCUGUGUGAAUUUGUACAUAAUAAAAAAAGCUUUGACAUCUAUUGAA